CAACCGCCAUCCGCCGGCCGCGGGAUUCAAACCCGGCCAGGCCGCGCUCCUCGCCUUCCCAUUGGCUGUGGCCUGUGACGUCACCGGAGCGCCGGCGGUUGAUCAACUCCAAAAUGUUACCUCAAAAUCUAUACCAAGUUUGCAGAUGUUUGUUUCUGUGUAACUUGAAACUGAAUUCAGUAAAUGUGACUGGUUUGGCCAGGAGGAUCCAUUCAUCAGAAAAGCUUUCUGAGUCAGAGGAACAAACUGUCCAAAAAUGUGAAGCUGAAGAGCUGCCUCAAAAUGCAGAAAACAGUAAAUGUGGAAGAUUGCACGUACCAGUGAUGCUGGAGGAGGUUGUUAAUUGUUUAUCUCCUCAGCCAGGCCAGCGUUUCCUGGAUAUGACAUUUGGAGCUGGAGGUCACACAGCAGCUCUCUUAGAGAGAGCCAGUGAUAUCAGUGUGUAUGCCCUGGACAGGGAUCCCACAGCUCACAGAAUAGCUCAGCAGCUUGCACAAGCCUACCCGAAGCAGCUUCAGCCUCUUUUAGGACGGUUCAGCCAGUCAGAGGCUUUGUUAAUCUCGUCUGGGGUUGAGCCAGGGAGUCUGGACGGCAUUCUCCUGGAUGCUGGCUGUUCUUCCAUGCAGUUAGACACACCUGAAAGAGGCUUUUCCCUGCAGAAGGAUGGGCCAUUGGACAUGAGGAUGGAUCAUGACAGGUGCCCUGCCAUGGCCACGGCCGCUGAUGUGGUGAACGCGCUGGACCAGCGGGCGCUUGCGUCGGUGCUCAGCGCGUACGGCGAGGAGAGACACGCCAGGAGGAUUGCUGCUGCCAUCGUGCAGGCACGCAGCAUUUACCCCAUCACCAGGACCGGGCAGCUGGCAAGCAUUGUUGCAGGUGCUUUUCCAGCAUCAGCACUCUACGCACGGAAGGACUUGCUUCAGAGACCUGUGCAUGUUGCUACUAAAACUUUCCAAGGCCUGAGAAUAUUUGUGAAUGAUGAGCUCCAUGAACUCCUGAUAGGGCUGAAGACAGCUGAGAAGUUUCUGAGGCCUGGAGGUCGCCUUGUAGCCCUGUCCUUUCAUUCCCUGGAAGAUCGUAUUAUCAAACGUUUUCUUCAUGGCAUUGACAUGACAGAAAAGUACAACCUUGGUUCAAAGCAGAAGAUAAGACAGGCUCUGAAAAAUGCCUCCAAAGGAGAAGACGCACAAGGAUCUCCCUGUGGAAAAUCCAACUCGAAGUGGAUUUCUAUACAGAAAAAAGUUCUCACACCCCAGGCCAAGGAUAUUCAAAUAAACCCAAGAGGAAGGUCGGCCAAGCUAAGAGCUGCUAUUAAACUCUAAACCAAAACAUAUGGUUACAUGAUUGUAUCAUUUCCUUCAAUUCUAUUUGCCAGAAUGCUAACUGGACAGAUAUUGUCAAACUGAAAAAAUAAAAUGAGUGCUGUAAAGUUC